AUGGCACGUUUAAGUUUCAUCACUCUAACCUGCAUUAUAUUUGGUGCUAUGGCUUAUAGAGCUAGUACAGAUAUGGUAACACUUGGAGGCAGUGGUUUCGUAGGAGGAAUUUUCUUCAUAGUUGAGAAAUGCUCUCGCGACAAUGGUGGUUUAACUGGUGACCAGUGUGCCCGAGCAAUCUUAAUAGAUCUUUUCUUUGGUAUAAUAUAUGGAAUAGGGUGCAUUGCGUUGAAACUUAUCCCGACUAGCUUGGCUAGCUUCGAAUCUGGGUUAGAUAUAUCGCACACUGUACUGGGAAAUGUUACACAUUUGGACUUUAUGUCUACAGCUGAUAAUCCCGAUACUCCACAAGAUGAUGUAAGAUCCUUUAACAAUCCCAAUGUUUUCCAUAUUCUCAAAUUAUUUAAUGAUAAAGAUGAUGGAGCAUCUUACCCCGCGGUAAUGCAUAGAUUUAUCCCUGAACUAAAUAGUUAUCAGGUGCAAUCUACGACCCACUUGAAUGGUAGUGGGAGCAAGAGACAGCAGUCUAAUAAUGAUCGUUGGGUGUUUUCUUACGCUGUAAACAGACAGUAUUUUGGUGAAAACACGAGGCACUAUCCUAAUAUCCCAAACUGGGUAGUUGAACAAAUGGCUAAUGAUUUGUUGGGUAGACUGUAUGAGCUAGAUGCUGAUAACAUAUGUAUAAACUUUAACGGGGAAUUCGGUUUAUGGGGAAAAUUGCAAGUAGCCAACGCAGAUACUGCUGGAGGUAUUGGUGCUUCCCAAUGUGAUCCAUAUUAUAAUAACGAUUAUGCUGGAGGAGGACAUUGGACAUACAAUUACCAAGUACAUGAUGAGUUGUAA